CUUGUGAAACUACAGUAAACGCAUAUUGAGUCUCUUGUCUUAUAAUUAGUAGCCUUGCUCCUACAACUAGCCACCCUAUGGCUAAGCAGUCCAGCGCCACCUGCUGCACCCGAUGGAGAAGCGGGGUACAUGCCUGCUUCACUCUAAUUUCUCCGUGAAGUCUGUCCAUACCCGCGAGCGGUUAAAUGGCCCCGAAGUUUCACUUAGCAAUAAAUGAGUCGAAAUGCAUAAGACGAGCGUCAGGCUUCAAGUUGUAUAGUUGUCAACAGUGACUGCUCUUUCUCAAGCUUUAUUCAGUAAUCUGCCACCAUGAAAGGUUUUGCUGCUGCAUUGCUUACAGCACUGCCGCUUGUAACGGGGCAAUCACAGCUAUGGGGUCAAUGCGGUGGAAGUGGAUGGACUGGGGCAACAACUUGUGCGUCUGGGUCGUGCUGCACCUUCUCUAAUCCUUACUAUUCGCAAUGUCUUCCAUGCGGAAGUGGGUCAUCGUCAGCAACGACUUCGUCAAAACCUCCAGCCAGCACUGGAAGUGGAGGUUCAGCUGGCCCAACCGGCUGCCCUCUGCCAUCGACAUAUCGCUGGAAAUCGACCGGCUCUUUAGCAACCCCUAAAUCUCCAUGGGCUUCGCUCAAGGAUUUCAGCACUGUCCCGAUCAACGGCGAGCAUCUCGUGUAUGGAUCAAUAGUCUCUAAUGGGAACUACGCCUCCAUGGCAUUUGGCCUUGUUUCCAGCUGGAGCGGGUUGGCCUCGGCCAGUCAGACCCAGAUGACCAACAGUGCCGUUGCGCCCGAUCUCUUCUACUUCGCGCCAAAGAAUAUCUGGGUUCUUGCACAGGAAUGGGGAGCAGCUCCCUUCAACUACAUGACAUCAAGCGACCCUACCAAUCCCAACGGAUGGUCAUCGGAAAAGCCCCUCUUCACCGGCAGCUUAGGUGGCGGCAGUAACCCCAUUGAUCCAGCUCUCAUUGGCGAUGACGAAAAUAUGUACCUGUUCUUUGCUGGUGACAACGGUCACAUUUACCGGUCAAGCAUGCCUAUCGGAAACUUCCCUUCCAGCUUUGGGACAUCAUACGAGACAAUCCUAACCGACUCGACUUACAACUUGUUCGAAGCAGUUGAAGUCUACAGUGUCCAGGGCCAGAAUCAGUAUCUCAUGAUCGUCGAAUGUAUUGGCGCUAACGGACGUUAUUUUCGCUCAUUCACAGCGUCUAGUCUCGGCGGUACCUGGACACCGCAGUCAGGAGCCACAAGCGAGUCGUCUCCCUUCGCGGGCAAGGCCAACAGCGGCGCCACAUGGACCAACGAUAUCAGCAGUGGCGAUCUCGUCCGCGCCACGAACGAUCAGACCAAGCCCAUCAAUGCUUGUAGCGGCAGCCUGCAAUUACUUUACCAAGGACGCAACCCUAACAACAAUCCGAGCUACAACCUGCUGCCUUACCAGCCUGGUGUGCUGACACUGCAAUAAGAUACUUCAGCCCGAGUUCUUCAUGUAAAUACUAUAUGCCUAGCAUGUAAAUAGCAAGAGACACUGUUAAUUUAUGUAGCUGUCGACCAGACAUGUAUUUAAUGCAGCGUCAGCUGUAUUAAAAAAAUU